AUGGCCCAAAAUUGUCUGAAUACUGGACUUCGAAGGCCAAACUAUACAUCCUCUUUAUCUGAUUAUGUUUUACAAACUGAAUUACCCAGGGGUCGCAAGGUCCCUAAAUUUACCAAGUUUUCAGGUGAUACUAGUGAAUCUACCACAGAACACAUAGCCAGGUAUAUGACGAAGGCUGGAGAUUUGGCGAACAAUGAAGAUCUGAGGAUGAAAUAUUUCCCCAGUUCUCUAACCAAGAACGCUUUCACAUGGUUCAUAACACUACCACCAAACUCCAUAGACACUUGGUCCCAGUUAGUAAGAUUGUUCCAUGAACAAUUCUAUAUGGGUCAAACCAAGAUAAGCCUCAAAGAGUUGGCCAGUAUUAAGAGGAAGUUCACUGAGCCUAUAGACGAUUAUCUGAACAGGUUCCGUUUGCUAAAAGCUAGAUGUUUUACAGUGGUACCUGAACAUGAAUUAGUCGAAAUGGUCGUUGGGGGUCUAGAUUACUCCAUCAGGAAUAAAUUGGACACUCAAUAUCUGCGAGAUAUGGUCCAGUUGGCUGAUAGAGUUUGCCAGAUCGAAAGAUUAAAGGCUGAAAAGGCUAGAGAAAAUAAAAGUUAUAAGAAAGAAAGGGUUACCUACGUCGAAGUAGACGAAGGAGAACCAGAAAUCUUCGAGGACCAGUAUGGUUUCGAAGACUGCGAAGUAGAUCUAGCCGAAUUAAAAGAAGUAGGCCCCUAUACUUGCAAGAUGAUCACACCAUCCAACGGGAAAAACCCCGUCGAGGUAGAAAAGAUUGAUAAGUUUCCUAAGAAAACAUACACAUUCGAUGUAACUAAAUAUGAUGAAUUAUUUUAUUUGCUUGUGAAAGAUGGCCAAAUGGUUUUUCCUCCUAACAUUAAGAUUCCUCCGUUAGAGCAACGGAAGAAGAGAGGCUACUGUAAAUACCAUAAUUUUUUGGGCCACAAAACCUCACAAUGUUUCCUUUUCAGGGAUCUUAUCCAGAAUGCGAUCAAGGAAGGGCGUCUGAAGUUUGCAGACAUAGGAAAAAGUCAGAUGAAUAUAGAUGCUAACCCCCUCAAUAUUGAUGACACAAAUUACUAUGAGCCUGUCGAAAUCAACAUGGUGGGCAUGGUCGAAGUUGAAGCAAGAGGGAUCAUAGGAGAUGAAGAAGAUGUCCAAGAAGGAGAACAGGUUACUGAUGAACUGAAGGGGGAUUUCACAUCUGAAGCUUCAGUCGAACCAAAGACUAUUGAAGCUCUUGUUAGAGAAAUAAACUAUGGCUACUGA